AUGGCGCAGAAUGAUAGUGCAACAUCGAAGGCAGAAUCGCCUGAGAAGGAGCAAGAUGCCAGAAAUUAUCGAGACUCCUCGGUCGAGUCCUGCAUCGUCCUGGCUAUUUCGACAAUCGUUGGUCGAGCUCAUGCGGAGUCAAUGCCAGAUUCUGAGCCAUCUACUAGCAAGGAGGGUACUGCGCGACCAGCUGAGGAACCGAUUAAAUCCGAGCCAGAAGAGCCUCCUAGCAUCCUAAUGUCGUUGUCAUUGGUUGAGCCCUCUAGCCAGUAUAAGGCAAUAACUCCCGAACCACUAGAACUUCCUUACCACGAUCAUCAACAACAGAAAUGUAAAACUAUCCCGAUUCUGGCGGACUACGACAUUUCUCAGCAAGAGUUUGAGAAGCCUUCAACGGAGGAGAGGUCAGAUAUGCCUGCAACGAAAGAUACACCAGGCUCUAUCCCCGAUUCGAGUUUGAAAAUGAAUGCCCAGAAGGCAACAGCUACAUAUCUCGAGACACUUGCCAUUGAGAACAAGAUCGCCAAAGAAGAGGAACUACAGAAGAAACUGCAGGAAAAAAUGGACUACAACUGCAACGUCAUCCUCGAUUGCGAUGUCAGUAUUGACGUUGAGUGUCGUGCAAUCAGCAGAGCCAGAAACAGGAGAAGGCCAUUCUGGAUCCCAUGGUUCAUGGAACGUCAACGCUACCUUACGUCCAAACGCAAGAACCUUCAAAAGAAGAACGCUGAGAUGGAGGGGGUCAGGAAGAGGCGCUGCAAAAAGCUUGAGGGGCUGAUGUCUGAGAAACAGAGACUUGCAGAGGAGCUUACUUAUGACAUUUCAACGAUACAUAUCAAGCCAACAUAUUAA